AUGACACCAGCUCCUUUGCCAUUGGCAAUGCCAAGCAGUUCUGAGCCUAGCAGUGCUUCAGGCCAUGCAGGGACCUCACUGCCUGCUUCUGGAGUACAUGGACGUGAAGGAAAGAACUUCGAGCUGCGCGGAGAGAAGACUCAGUUUGAGUGGAAUGGCGCUUUGACAAAGGUGCUGAAGCUUUUGAAAGGAGCGAAAACUGAGAACAAGCAAAAGGAGGCCAUCAAGACCAAUGUUGAAGGUGCCGAAGAAGAAAAGGGAACAGACGACCAAAGCGUUGGAGAGACACCACAAGAACGCUUCGAAAGAUACAGCCAAAGCACCUUGGACGAAGUGUCCGAUCCAGGACUUUGGCAGCUUUGGCACCAUGGAACUCCUAGCGCUACUGAUGAGCCUUCUGCCCAUCGACAAUAUGCAGAUGGACACAUAGAGCAGAUGAUGAAGGACACCAAUGACAUCUUGCGCAGACAUCUUCGAAGGUUGGAAGCUGAGUAUGACGCAGCAUCAGAUGCCAACGACAUCAAUCUGAUGCACCAGCUGGACUCCCAGAUCACCGAGUGCAAUGGCCUUAUGUAUAACAUGGGCUAG